GAUUGGGUGGAACAAUAACCAACUUUUAAUUAAUUUCUCUUUUGUGAAACACAACUCUAAUUACCUAGUUAGUGAUGGUGUGUUAGAAACCGUGGAAACCAUGGCUGCUGCAAGAGACGAACAGAUUCUGGAAGGAUUUCUGUGUCCGAUAUGCAAAGCCGACCUGAAGUCUGCGACACAGCUGACGAGCCACUUCGAGAGCUUGCACCAGGAAGAGCAGGAUGUGCUGAAGAGCCUCAAAGACAUAUUCGGUAAAGCCAAGAAGAUCAUACUCAACAAUGACGAGUCCGAUUUGAAGGAGACAUUUGAUCGCGCAUUGAAAUUCUCUUACCAAGAGAGAGCAUACUAUCCUGAAGAAGUACAGACUCUAGGUUUGUCCCGAAGUUCCACGGACUACUUCAAGGCGGUCAGGUCGGCGAGGCGCGAGCGGUAUGCCACCGAGACCAACAAGCUUCUGAUAAGACUGGAUAAGUUAGUAUGUAACAUGCCACCUGAACCGAGCCAAAGGAAACAACAUGAGCAGGAAGUGGUCCCUUGGCUGGACGGAGGGCUAGUGAAACUCUGCCCCAACUGUGCAAAGGCCUUCAACUUGACACGCAGGAAGCAUCACUGCAGACUGUGUGGAUCCAUACUGUGCCAUGACUGCUCCAUGUUCCUAGAUCUUAAUAUUGCCAGAUCUAUGGUGGACCCUUCAGUGGCAGCCCCGUCGGCUCCUGAGCAUGAAGUCACAGAGAAGAACGGCCUGCGACUCUGUGAACACUGCUACAACCUGAUAGACUUACGCAAGCAGGUGCAAGAGAGCAGAAAUUCCAAGUCUAUUGUUGUGACGGCUUACGAGCAAAUGCGAAGUCUCAUGGACCAGGCAGAGCCAGCUGUGGCCAUGUAUGAGAAGAUGUGUCAAAGCCUAUUCGACGGUGAAACAACCUACAACUUAUCCGACGUGAACGCGAUGCGCGGACGCAUCGGCAAGCUAGCGGAGGGCAUCGACCUGCUGAGCAAGCAGAUCGCAGGGGCGCCCGCCGCGCCCGGCUCGCGGGGCGCCAAGCUGCAGGCGUCGAUACGGGCCGCCGCCGCGCAUUAUAUCAAGGAAAACCUCCUAUCACUAAGGAAACUUCCAACGGAAACUCAAAUCGACGAAGUGAGGCAGCAGCGCUACGAGCGGGCGCAGAAACAGAUAGAGAAAGAGAGAAUGCAGGCAGAGAGGGACAGAAAUAGCACCCCAGGGACCAGUAGCAACCGAGGCAACGAGUCACUGGAGAACUCGGCCAAUCACGACGAUGAUAACCCCAUAUUGGAACAAAUGAACAUCAUCAGAGGUUAUAUUAAAGAGGCGAGAAAGGAGUUGAAGUUUGAAGAGGUGGCGAUUCUUGAAGCUAAUUUGAAAGAGUUGAAGAAGGAAUAUCAGUUCCAGAUGCUGUCUAACAAGAUGAACUAGUCAUUCCUAGCGUCGAUCCAUUAUUAAUUAUUAAGUUUAUUAUAUCUUUUAACAUUACCUAAGUUAUUUAUGUUUACACGUGAUAUUUAUCUUUAUAUAAGGUACCUAGACUUUUUACCUGUAAUGUACUAUAAGGCAUAGGCAUGAUAAUAUAACUUAUAAAUUAUUA